UGAUAAUGUGGGAGAUUAAAAUAAUGGAUAUAAUGUAUACAGGCUAUAGCAUCCUGCACUAACGAUCCCAUCUACUUAUUCUGAAGAUUAUAAAAUAGCAGGCUUGCAUAUAUAGAAGAAUAACAUGUACCUAACUUUUUAGUCAAACAAUCAAAACAAAAAAUCCAAGAAGCUUUGAAGAACCAUGGCGAUGUCUCAUAUCCAGCCUGUGCUUUUCUUCCUUGCAUCUCUCUUCUUCUUACCGGCUUUGUGCAGCGCCAUCGAUUUUGAAUAUUGCACUAAAAAUGGACACGAUUACGGUAGCAUCUCUCAGAUCUGGGUCUCUCCCUCUGAUGGGCCUCAGGAAAACCCAACCAUCACUAUACAUUUAUUCGGUUCUGCAAGCAAAGACAUAUCCGCAGGAACCCUUGUGUAUGUUACCUAUAGAUCUGGGGAUUUUACAGGCCUUUUAAAAACUUACGACCUAUGUGAUGUGAGUGCAUGUAACCCUGAAUAUGUGAUUGAAGCUGGCACCGACUUUGAGUUGACUCUUUCCGACGUUCUUUAUGUUGGUUUUGAUGAGGAAAUCAAGUAUUCGGUAUCUUUGCGCGAAAAGACCUCAGAGGAGAAGAAUCCAAUAAUAAAAAUGUGUGUCGACUUCAAAGUACCUCACCCAGCUUUUCCUCCUCCUGCAUUGGUCUCUAUGUAGUCAAGUUGACAGAUGAAAAGAUGUUUCCAAGUCUUUGAUUAUAUGAGUCUCAACUUGCAUUUCCUUUUGUCCCUUUUUAUAUGUUCUCCGACAAAUAAAUUAAAACCUUGGCUUGGUUGAUAUGAACCACCAUGUCUUUUCUUUGAUUUACUUGUUGAUAUUAAUCAAAAAUAAAGUUUUCUGUACAGAGGAAUGUUUUACGAGUAGCAGAGAUGCAUAAUAAGAGCAUAGUGGAACAGAGAAAUACAGUAUGAGGAGACUUUCAAGUAAUUAAGCUUUAUAGAUUGUAGGAUCGAUAACUCUAAAACCAACACGUCUUUGCUUUACCCUUAU